CAUGCAAUACUACUGAGACAACUAGGCACAGCUUAGCACACAGAUACAGCAUAACGUCUAUUUCAGCCCCGCUGUAAGUGAUACCGCACUAAGGAACACUUUCAUCAAACUCCGUUGGGGGACAGAACACUACCCAGGCUACAGCCCAUUUAUGUGUUAUUUUUUGUUGCUGAAUAAUAACCUUUAAAAAAAAAACUGUGCCGAAAAAACUGAAGUUUUCAGCAAUCGUACCAAACUGUUUCAUUUUUGUGCGCUCUUGGAUGGAAGUUUAUGCGCAUUGUUAAAACGCUGUUACACAUGAUCAAUGAAACGGUCUUCCAUACAAGCGAUUUGCACCAUUUGUUGCAAGAGAGAGCAUUUUAAAACACACGCAGGGCUAUUUCACGUAAAUCAAGCGACUUGGACCAUCACCAUCUCUCCUGCCGCCCGCGAUUGAACCACAGUUAACCCACGACAUCUGAAGAGGAAUUACAUAGGCUCUUUGAGUUACAAAAAAAAAUAUUCUGCAAUCAAUGCCUUUGCCUCCCGCAUGUGGACCAUAGACUUUUUUUAGGACAUGGAUCCUUUGCUGUAGUGGAUAACCCUACCCUGAUGUGUGUUUUUUGUUUUGAUUCCCGCUACCAGAAGAGGAUCUUUUUUUUCUCCACUUUUCCACUUCAGUGUAAUUCUAUGGCACUUCUUCUUCUAAAGCACUGAUGUCGCUACGUGACGGGAAUUGCGAUUGAUUUUCCAUAUUCUGUUUGAAGGGAUAGAAGGUCAACAUUACUAUCACUAGUGUCAAGUAAAGACAGUGACAGAGUUGCAGCCUUAAGAAAAAAAUACUCCCACCCUCUCUGAUUAUGGACUUAGCAGGUCAUGCUCAUGUGCUGGUGGUGUUACUCACCUGCCUGGUCUUGCUGUCCUGGGCCCAAGAGAAGGACUACACGGUGAGAGAGGAGCAGCCCGAGAAUGUCCGCAUCGGGAACCUACGGAAGGACUUGGACCUGAACCUUGACCCUGACUUCAAGCUGUCCUCGCCACUGCAGUUUAAGCCCGUCUACAAAACGGGCGAUGUGCCUUUGGUGAGGGUAGAGGCCAACACCGGGGAGAUCUUCACCACGGCUCACCGCAUCGACCGAGAGAAGCUCUGCUCAGGAGUAUUCAACGAGAAGCGCUGCUUCUACGAGAUCGAGGUCGCCGUUCUGCCUGACGAGAUCUUCCGUCUGGUUAAGAUCCGGUUCCUGAUUGAGGACAUCAAUGACAACGCUCCACUCUUCCAGUCCACCGUAAUAAACAUCUCCAUCCCAGAGAACACUGCCAUCAACACCCGAUACCCCGUGCCCUCUGCAUUUGACCCAGACGUGGGGAUCAAUGGGAUCCAACACUAUGAACUUGUCAAGAGUGUAAGUGAGUUUGGCCUAGACAUCAUCGAGACCCCAGAGGGAGACAGAUGGCCUCAGCUGAUCGUCCAGCAGAGCCUGGACCGCGAACAGAAGGACACCUUCGUCAUGAAGAUCAAGGUGGAGGACGGAGGAACGCCACCCAAGUCCAGCACGGCCAUCCUCCAGGUCACCAUCUCCGACGUCAACGACAAUCGACCGGUCUUCAAGGACAGUGAGGUGGAGGUGAACAUCCCUGAGAACGCCCCCAUAGGAACCUCCGUCACCCAACUCCACGCCACGGACGCAGACCUCGGCUCCAACGCCCAGAUCCACUUCUCCUUCUCCAACCAGAUCUCCUCAUCCACCAAGAGGCAUUUUUCCAUAGACAGCACCACUGGGCUGAUCACUGUCAAGCAGCCCUUAGACAGAGAAGCCACUCCGGUCCACAAACUCAUCGUCCUGGCCAGCGACGGCAGCUCCACUCCCUCCAGAGCUACGGUUAUCGUCAACGUAACGGACAUUAAUGACAACGUUCCGUCCAUAGACACUCGGUAUAUAAUGAACCUUGUAAAUGGAACUGUUCUACUGUCAGAGAAUGCUCCUCUCAACACAAAAAUAGCCCUAAUUACAGUGACGGACAAGGACUCGGAUCUGAACGGCAAAGUGACUUGUUACACUGACCAUGACGUUCCUUUCAGGUUAAAGCCAGUCUUUAAUGACCAGUUCCUGCUGGAGACUGCGGCCCCCUUAGAUUACGAAACAACCAGGGAAUAUGCAAUUAAGAUAGUAGCGUCGGAUUCAGGGAAGCCUCCUUUGAACACUUCAGCGAUGGUUUUAAUAAAAAUUAAGGACGAGAAUGACAACGCUCCCAUCUUCCCUCAACCUGAGAUUCAGCUGUCCAUACCAGAGAACAAUGAUCCAUCCACGCAGCUCAUAAAGAUCAGUGCCAUGGAUGCAGACAGCGGACAUAAUGCAGAGAUUAUUUAUUCUCUUGGCCCUGACGCUCCUGAUGGGUUUAACAUAGAUAGACGGUCAGGAAUCCUCUCCGUUGGCAAACGCCUGGAUAGAGAGAAGCAGGAGAAGUAUUCGUUCACUGUCAUGGCAAGGGACAAUGGGUCUACUUCGCUGCAGAGCAAUGUCACAGUGAAGUUAAUAGUGCAGGACCUCAACGACAACAGCCCAGCUUUCACCCAUCCUGAGUAUAACUUCUACGUGCCUGAGAACCUGCCUCUGUACGGGACCGUGGGCCUGAUCACCGUCACAGAUUCUGACGCAGGUGACAACUCUGUCAUAACACUGUCCAUCCUGAACGGGAAAGACAAUUUCCUUAUUGAUCCCCAGACCGGUGUAAUCAAACCCAACCUCACGUUUGAUAGAGAGCAGCAGAGCUCAUACACUUUUAUGGUGAAGGCUAUAGAUGGAGGGCAACCACCCAGCACUUCAUACGCCAAGGUCACCAUAAACGUUGUGGAUGUCAAUGACAAUCGACCCGUUUUUGUUAUCCCCUCGUCCAACUACUCUUACGAUCUGGUCCAGUCUACCACCAGCCCUGGGUCUGUGGUCACCAGGGUGUUCGCUAUAGACAAUGACACUGGCAUGAAUGCUGAGCUGCAGUACAGCAUCAUUGGGGGAUCACCAAGAGGGCUGUUUGCCAUAGACAAAACAACUGGUAAUAUAACUCUGCAGGAGAAGAUAGUCUCAGCUGAUCAGGGUUUACACAGGCUUGUGGUGAAAGUCAAAGACCUGGGCCAGCCAGAGUCCUUACACGCAAUCGCCCUCAUUCACCUGUUCAUUAACGAGACUGUAUCCAACGCUACGUUCAUUCAAGAGCAGCUACGUAAGAGCUUGGAGACUCCAUUGGACCGUAACGUGGGAGACAGUGAGGUCACACCCCAAGCCAACGGAUACGUGAUUGUUGUCAUCGCUAUUAUAGCUGGGACUAUGACAGUUAUCUUAGUCAUCUUCGUGACGGCCUUGGUGCGCUGUCGUCAGACGCCCAGGCACAAAGUGGUGCAGAAGGGCAAGCAGAGCGGCGAGUGGGUGUCGCCCAACCAGGAGAACCGUCAAAUCAAGAAGAAAAAGAAGAAAAAGAAGAGAUCCCCUAAGAGCCUCCUCUUGAACUUUGUCACCAUAGAAGAAUCCAAGCCUGAUGAUCCCAGCCAGGAGCACAUUAAUGGAACCCUGGACCUGCCUGUGGAGCUAGAUGAGCAGACCAUGGGGAAAUACAACUGGGCCACUACGCCGACCACCUUCAAACCUGACAGCCCAGACUUAGCCAAGCAUUACAAGUCUGCCUCCCCCCAGCCAACCUUCCAAAUCAAACCAGAGACCCCGAUGGCGCCCAAUAAACACCACGUGAUUCAGGAGCUCCCGCUAGACAACACCUUUGUGGUGGGCUGUGACUCGCACUCCAAGUGCUCCUCCACCAGCUCAGAUCCGUACUCGGUCUCAGAGUGCAGCUGUCAGGGGGGAUUCAAGACUUCUGGGCAAAUCCACACCAGACAGAAUCAGGGCCAGACACCAGAGAAGUCCUUCAGCUCAGUCGCAUCUACUUGUCCCCAUAAGGAGGGUUGUCUUCUCAGCAAGAUAACGUCUGCAAACACCCAGCGUCGUGUGACGUUCCACCUCCCGGAUGGUUCUCAGGAGAGCUGUAGCGACAGUGGUCUAGGGGACCACGAGCCCAGCAGCACUGCCAGCACCACUCAGCCUCUCCCCCUCGGCUUCCCCCAGGAAGAGUACUACCAACAGACUUCGCCCAACAGCCGCACCGAGGGAGACGGAAACUCUGACCCUGAGUCCACCAUAGUUGAGGUGAACCUGGCCAAGGCGCUGGCGGAAGCCUCGGAGACGUGCACCCAGGAAUGUCUGAUCCUGGGCCACUCCGACAGCUGCUGGAUGCCCCCCUCCCUGGUGACCCAGUUCCAGUCUCCGUCCAACACGGGAACCCUGCCUACCCUACCCUCCUUUGGCUUCCAGCACCAGCAGAGCUCCCCAUGGGCCAGAGGAGCCAAGGCGGAUGGGCGUCAGUGCCAUACCCUGGGCAGGUCUGUGCCCAAAGACGAUCUGGCUAAAGGGAUGAACCGGCCGCAGUUCUACAACACUCUGGAAAGACACUGCAGCAGCAAGAGUAAGGAGUCUGACCCCAUCAAGGUCAUCCCUCUGGCAAGCUUUUCCUCAUCUUCGUCAGGCCAGCAGACCCCAGCCAACGGAGGAUCCUCUGCCUUCUUACAUGAGCAUCAGCUGUAAGGGAAGAGAGUAACACCAACCAGUUUGUCUAAAAUAUCUUGGUGUAUAUUUAACAUCAGUAGUAAGGGGCUGUAAGGAGACAGAGUAACAACAACCAGUUUGUCUAAAAUAUCUUGGUGUAUAUUUAACAUCAGUAGUAAGGGGCUGUAAGGGGACAGAGUUUGUCUAAUGUAUCUUGCUGGUUUCUGAUUAUUGUGUGAACAUGGAAUGUGGAGGAAGGGACAAAACGGUUCCUCUGUCUCCACAAUGUUGUUCCUCACUCUCCACACUGUUGUUCCUCAGUCUCCACAAUGUUGUUCCUCAGUCUCCACAAUGUUGUUCCUCUGUCUCCACACUGUUGUUCCUCACUCUCCACAAUGUUGUUCCUCACUCUCCACACUGUUGUUCCUCACUCUCCACAAUGUUGUUCCUCAGUCUCCACAAUGUUGUUCCUCACUCUCCACACUGUUGUUCCUCAGUCUCCACAAUGUUGUUCCUCACUCUCCACACUGUUGUUCCUCACUCUCCACAAUGUUGUUCCUCACUCUCCACACUGUUGUUCCUCACUCUCCACAAUGUUGUUCCUCACUCUUCACAAUGUUGUUCCUCACUCUCCACACUGUUGUUCCUCAGUCUCCACAAUGUUGUUCCUCACUCUCCACACUGUUGUUCCUCACUCUCCACAAUGUUGUUCCUCACUCUCCACACUGUUGUUCCUCACUCUCCACAAUGUUGUUCCUCAGUCUCCACAAUGUUGUUCCUCAGUCUCCACAAUGUUGCACAGAAGUGAAUCUGACAACGUCUGUAAUCAUAUAAAUGGUAGUCCUAUACCAAAGUAGAUCCACAACAGAAACAAUUUUUGUUUGGUAGAGAUUUUUGCUGAUCAGUAAUCAAAAAUAAUUUUGACCACCUAUGCGUAUUGGAACCACACAAACACACACUUUACUUAACGAUAAACGAAACGCAAACACACAGUAUAGCUUUGUGAACCCAAGUUGAAUGUUGUAUAUGCCCAAUCUCUGGUGAAAUAUUGCUUAGUGUAUCCAGCAAGACAUUCAGCUCCAGCUCCAACUGAUGAUCCAAGUUACUUUUUGCUCUCGUCUGAAUAUGUUUAUUGAAUCCCGUCUUGUUCAGGGGUCUGCAGACACAUACCUAAGACUCAAUGGACAAAAGAAAAUGUCACUCUGUGUCGUGCGAACACUUUAUAUAAACAUGCAGUACAGGGCCAUCCCCCAUGAUAUGCCCAACACUGUUUCUCUUCAGAUGUUUCUUGUAUGGCGAGUUACGAUGCCUUUGACACCCCUUUCCCUGCCCUCUAUUGCAAACCUACUCAUUUUCUACAUUAUCUUACCCACCUAAUAGGAACCUACUCAUUUUCUACAUUAUCUUCCCCACCUAAUGGGAACCUGCUCAUUUUCUACAUUAUCUUCCCCGCCUAAUGGGAACCUACUCAUGUUCUACAUUAUCUCCCCCCACCUAAUAGGAACCUACUCAUUUUCUACAUUAUCUCCCCCACAUAAUAACAGCCUAUUCAUUUUCAACAUUAUCUUUCCCACCUAAUAGGAACCUACUCAUUUUCUACAUGACCUUCCCCUGUAAAAACCACCUACUAAUUUUCGACAUUAUCUUUCCCCUGUAAUAACAAACUACUAAUUUUAACAUUAUCUUACCCUCCUAAUAACAACAUACUUAUUUUCUACAUGAUCAUUCCCCAUGUAAUAACAACUACUAAUUUUCAAAAUGUUUACCCGCUUAAUAACAACAUACUCACAUUUCUACAUUAUCUUUCCCCUGUAAAACAAACUACUACUCUUCAACAUUAUCUUACCCACCCAAUAAGAACCUACUCAUUUUCUACAUGAUCUUUCCCAUUGUAAUAAGAACCAUACACAUUUUCUACAUUAUCUCCUGAGAAGAAGCCUUGAACAGCACAGACAGAGGUUCCAUGCAAGGAGCUAUAACUUUUCUUUUCUUUUUUUUUAUUUUCCCACCAUUAUUUCACUUCAUUUAUCUUCCUUUCAUAUAAUAUAACAUGUAUUGUAAAAAACUCGUAAAUGAGUGCUAUGGAGACAAUUAAGAACAUCUCCCAGUUGUCUAGUUACUUUGAGCUGUGAUCGCCACAGUAAGUAUUAGUCGUGGUUGACAGGCUCUGUAGUAGUUGUCUACUCUCACUGAAACAUAAUGUAUUUCUAGGAGUCAGGUAAUGAAAAGGUGGAGACAUACAGAGUCUGGAUGCAAAUAGCUUUUUAUUUGCUUUAAUUCGUGCCCCUAUAUCGUCAGGAUAGUAACCACUACAAUGAGAGUUUCUGUAUCCAUACGCAAGCACCUUAAACCCGAAGGAUGAAUUUACCAUAUUCGCAUAUUGACAUACACCCUUUUUUAAAAAUGAUUUAUCCUACGUUUUAUCCACUGUAUCUUUGAUGCAACCAUAUUUCCAUAGUUUCAAGGGUGUUCAUUCUGGAUAACCACUGACUGUCAUGGAUUCGAUAAACAUUGCAUGACCAUCACCAGUUAACAGAUUUAAAUGAAAUGUGUCCUCUAGCGGCUUGUGAAAGAAACAGGACAUGUUUAGGGUAUCAUUCUCCCUGUAGGGUUGGACGGUAACAGGACAUGUUUAGGGUAUCAUUCUCCCUGCAGGGUUAGACAGUAACAGGACAUGUUGAGGGUAUCAUUCUCCCUGCAGGGUUAGACAGUAACUGGACAUGUUUAGGGUACCAUUCUCCCUGCAGGGUUAGACAGUAACAGGACAUGUUGAGGGUAUCAUUCUCCCUGCAGGGUUAGACAGUAACUGGACAUGUUUAGGGUACCAUUCUCCCUGCAGGGUUAGACAGUAACAGGACAUGUUGAGGGUAUCAUUCUCCCUGCAGGGUUAGACAGUAACUGGACAUGUUUAGGGUAUCAUUCUCCCUGCAGGGUUAGACAGUAACUGGACUUGUUUAGGGUACCAUUCGCUUUGACAGUAACAGGACAUGUUUAGGGUACCAUUCUCCCUACAGGGUUAGACAGUAACAGGAAUGUUUAGGGUACCAUUCUCCCUGCAGGGUUAGACAGUAACAGGACAUGUGUAGGGUACCAUUCUCCCUGCAGGGUUAGACAGUAACAGGACAUGUUUAGGGCACCAUUCUCCCUGCAGGGUUAGACAGUAACAGGACAUGAUUAGGGUAUCAUUCUCCCUGCAGGGUUAGACGGUAACUGGACAUGUUUAGGGUACCAUUCUCCCUGCAGGGUUAGACAGUAACAGGACAUGUUUAGGGUACCAUUCUCCCUGCAGGGUUAGACAGUAACAGGACAUGUUUAGGGUACCAUUCUCCCUGCAGGGUUAGACAUUAACAGGACAUGUUUAGGGUAUCAUUCUCCCUGCAAGGUUAGACAGUAACUGGACUUGUUUAGGGUACCAUUCGCUUUGACAGUAACAGGACAUGUUUAGGGUACCAUUCUCCCUACAGGGUUAGACAGUAACAGGAAUGUUUAGGGUACCAUUCUCCCUGCAGGGUUAGACAGUAACAGGACAUGUGUAGGGUACCAUUCUCCCUGCAGGGUUAGACAGUAACAGGACAUGUUUAGGGUACCAUUCUCCCUGCAGGGUUAGACAGUAACAGGACAUGUUUAGGGUACCAUUCUCCCUGCAGGGUUAGACAGUAACAGGACAUGUUUAGGGUAUCAUUCUCCCUGCAGGGUUAGACAAUAACUGGACUUGUUUAGGGUACCAUUCGGUUAGACAGUAACAGGACAUGUUUAGGGUAUCAUUCUCCCUGCAGGGUUAGACAGUAACAGGACAUGUUGAGGGUAUCAUUCUCCUUGCAGGGUUAGACAGUAACAGGACAUGUUUAGGGUAUCAUUCUCCCUGCAGGGUUAGACAGUAACAGGACAUGUUGAGGGUAUCAUUCUCGCUGCAGGGUUAGACAGUAACUGGACAUGUUUAGGGUAUCAUUCUCCCUGCAGGGUUAGACAUUAACAGGACAUGUUUAGGGUAUCAUUCUCCCUGCAGGGUUAGACAGUAACUGGACAUGUUUAGGGUUUCAUUCUCCCUGCAGGGUUAGACAGUAACUGGACAUGUUUAGGGUAUCAUUCUCCCUGCAGGGUUAGACAGUAACAGGACAUGUUGAGGGUAUCAUUCUCCCUGCAGGGUUAGACAGUAACAGGACAUGUUGAGGGUAUCAUUCUCCCUGCAGGGUUAGACAGUAACAGGACAUGUUUAGGGUACCAUUCUCCCUGCAGGGUUAGACAGUAACAGGACAUGUUGAGGGUAUCAUUCUCCCUGCAGGGUUAGACAGUAACAGGACAUGUUUAGGGUACCAUUCUCCCUGCAGGGUUAGACAUUAACAGGACAUGUUUAGGGUAUCAUUCUCCCUGUAGGGUUAGACAGUUACUGGACUUGUUUAGGGUACCAUUCACUUUGACAGUAACAGGACAUGUUUAGGGUACCAUUCUCCCUGCAGGGUUAGACAGUAACAGGACAUGUUUAGGGUACCAUUCUCCCUGCAGGGUUAGACAGUAACAGGACAUGUUUAGGGUACCAUUCUCCCUGCAGGGUUAGACAGUAACAGGACAUGUUUAGGGCACCAUUCUCCCUGCAGGGUUAGACAGUAACAGGACAUGUUUAGGGUACCAUUCUCCCUGCAGGGUUAGACAGUAACAGGACAUGUUUAGGGCACCAUUCUCCCUGCAGGGUUAGACGGUAACAGGACAUGUUUAGGGUACCAUUCUCCCUGCAGGGUUAGAGAGUAAAAUGUGUCUGCGCUGGGUUGAGACUCUGCUUGCAUUCAGAUUACACUUCGGGUCAGGUAUCCAUCAGUGUAGAAACGCAUUAGCGAAGCCGCCGUUUGUGAAAUUACGUGUGUCAUAAGAGUGUUAUGUGGAAGGGUCAAGGUCAGGGUCAAUUUCAUCUCACUUCUGGUCAAUUAAGGAAAUGUAUUGAAUUUGUAUUAAUGAAUUCAAUAAAUCCUACUCAUUGAACACGGUUAACCUACUGCCCAACCAAGUCCCAAUCAUGAAUUGGAUAUCAAUUCCUUUUUUUUUUGCGGAGUAAUGUUUUCUUUCUGUGUCAUCCUGAAACAGCUCCUCGCUGCAGUUAAAUGUUAAACACAUUUGUCUUUCAUCAAAGACAACAACUACAGACAGGACAGAGCACGCUGACAUAUGCAAAUAAAUCACAAAGCACUUGCUUCCUUCGGACAGUGACAGUGAACACAGGCCGGCCAAUGUGUGACAUGUGAUUCAAUCACAUUCCAACUGCACAUGCUGUAGAACGAUGAUAUUGACACUUAACAACGACUGAAACACACAAAAUCACACAAUAUACUUACAGUAUAUAUACUGAACAAAAAUAUAAACGCAACAUGUAUAAUGUGGGUCCCAUAUUUCCUGAGCUGAAAUAAAAGAUCCCUGAAAUGUUCCAUACGCACAAAAAGCUAAUUUCUCCCAAAUUUAUGGCACAAAUUUGUUUACAUCCCUGUUAGUGAGCACUUCUCCUUCGCCAAGAUA